GCACACCUCUAAAAAAAACACUGCCUCUGAUUUAUCAAUAUAAAAAAGAUCCUCUGAGAGGAGGGCACUUUUGUGUGAUGGCAACUUCACUUCUAGGGGAGGAACCGCGGGUAGGCUCCACGCCGCUGGCCAUGCUCGCCGCGACCUGCAACAAGAUCGGCAGCCCCAGCCCCUCGCCGUCCGCCCUCUCGGACAGCGCGUCCUCCUUCGGCAAAGGCUUCCACCCCUGGAAACGCUCCUCCUCCUCCUCCUCGUCCUCGGCGGGCAGCUGCGGCGCCGUGGGCUCCGGCCUCCCGGGCUUCGGCGUGGCGGGCGCGGCGCGCAACGGCUCCUCGGCGGCGGCGGCGGCGGCGGCGGCAGCGGCGGCGGCGGCCGCCCUCGUCUCGGACUCGUUCAGCUGCGGCGGCUCGCCGGGCUCCAGCGCCUUCUCCCUCACCUCCAGCAGCGCGGCGGCCGCCAGCUCGCCCUUCGCCAACGACUACUCCGUCUUCCAGGCGCCGGGCAGCGCCGGCGGCGGCGGCGGAGGCGGCGGCGGCGGGGCGGCGGGGCAGGAGGCGGCGGCGCACCAGCCCGUCUUCAUCUCCAAGGUGCACACGUCGGUGGAGGGGCUGCAGGGCAUCUACCCGCGGGUGGGCAUGGCGCACCCCUACGAGUCCUGGUUCAAGCCCUCGCACCCCGGGCUGGGCGCCGGCGAGGUGGGCUCGGCGGGCGCCUCCAGCUGGUGGGACGUGGGGGCCGGCUGGAUCGACGUGCAGAGCCCCAACGGGGCGGCCGCGCUGCCCGGCUCGCUGCACCCGGCGGCCGGCGGGCUCCAGACCUCGCUCCACUCGCCGCUGGGCGGCUACAACUCGGAUUACUCGGGCCUGGGCCACUCGGCCUUCAGCAGCGGCGCCUCCUCGCACCUCCUCAGCCCCGCCGGGCAGCACCUCAUGGACGGAUUUAAGCCGGUGCUGCCCGGCUCCUACCCGGACUCGGCCCCCUCGCCGCUGGCCGGCGCCGGGGGCUCCAUGCUGGGGGGCGGCCCCGCCGCCCCGCUGGCCGCCUCGCCGCGCUCCUCCGCCCGCCGCUACUCGGGCCGCGCCACCUGCGACUGCCCCAACUGCCAGGAGGCCGAGCGGCUGGGGCCGGCGGGGGCCAGCCUGCGGCGCAAGGGGCUGCACAGCUGCCACAUCCCCGGCUGCGGCAAGGUCUACGGCAAGACCUCGCACCUGAAGGCGCACCUGCGCUGGCACACGGGCGAGCGGCCCUUCGUCUGCAACUGGCUCUUCUGCGGCAAGCGCUUCACCCGCUCCGACGAGCUGCAGCGGCACCUGCGGACCCACACGGGCGAGAAGCGCUUCGCCUGCCCCGUCUGCAACAAGCGCUUCAUGCGCAGCGACCACCUCAGCAAGCACGUCAAGACCCACAGCGGCCCCGGCGGCGCCGGCGGCCCCGGCGGCGGCGGCCCCGGCGGCGGCCCCGGCCCCGGCGGCAAGAAGGGCAGCGACACCGACAGCGAGCACAGCGCGGCCGGCAGCCCGCCCUGCCACUCCCCGGAGCUGCUGCCGCCCCCCGAGCCCGGCCACCGCAACGGCCUGGAGUGA